UAAAGGACUGCACUCAGGAAUUAUUAUUACUUUACUGUUUAAUAAUGAUAGAAUAUUCCAAACAUUACUGCUAAUACUAAUAUUAAUAAUAUUUAGCCUGGCUUUCUUUUUGCUCUUUGUUUUAUUAUUAUUUGCUUCACAAGCUAACAUAAGGUACUGCCGUAAAGCGUGUAGUUGUCGUGACAAGACGGAAAGCAGGAAGUCGUAAGAGUGAGUGAGUGAGAAAGUGACAGUAGCUUAGGACAGUUCUGGGGAUUAGAAGAGGUUUAUGUUCGCUGAAUAAGGUAUUAUUUCGCUAAAAGGACUUUUAAUACUACACAGCACUACAUAACAGAAGAGGAAAAUACAUGUUGAAGCAGCCGUCAUGAGUCGUAGCAGAAAUCCGCCACAGAAAGGCCAAGGAGCCGCCCGAGCCAAACAGAUGGGUUUGCUCUUGGAUCUGACUCCGGACACUGGCCUGGACGAUUGUGGUGGAAAUGAAGAGUUAGAGGCGGAGCUUCUUUCUCUGAUUGGUGGAGGUGGCAGGGGCAGCCUGCCUGGAAAGAAACAGGAUGGGAAAGCUCCUGUCCCCAUGGAGGACAUUGAGCGAAUGGCUGCCCUGUGCAUGAAGGACCUGGACGAGGACGGAGAGGACGACGCGGACCUGGAGGACGACGCCGAUCUCCUGGCCGAACUGAAUGAGGUUCUGGAGGAUGAUAAAGAGGAACCGGCUCCUGCACCAGUCCUGACUCAGCGCGCUAACGUAACACCAAAAUCCACCCCCACUACCCCGAGUGGUGCAGGUGGACUGGAGUCCUGCCUGCAGGAGCGUAUCGAAAUGUACCAGGCAGCCAUCAGCAACACCAAAGCUUCAGGAGAAGCCAGCAAGGCUCGCAGAUACGAGCGUGGACUGAAGACACUACAGUCCAUGCUGGCGUCAGUGAAAAAGGGAAAACCCAUUAACGAAGAAGAGAUUCCGCCUCCUGUCGCUACUGGCGCUAAACCCGCCCCUGCAAAGCAAGAACCAAUCAGAGAACAGGAACAGCCUGCACCGGAUUCCAAACCACCACCACCAGCGACCAAUGAGAAGCCGCUGCAGGAGGCGAAGCCUGUAGCCCCGCCCAAACCUCAGCUCCUGCAGCCGCCCAAUCAGAGAACACCGGCUGUGACGCCUGAUACACCGGCAAUAUCACCCUUAACUCCCAUCCAACCCCACGCCCAGCAUUCAGAGCUGAAGGCCAGUGUGUUGAGCAGACAGAGGGAAUAUAAACUGGCUGCUAUUGAGGCCAAAAAGAGCGGAAACACAGACCUCGCUAGACAACACCUUGUCGUCGCCAAGAAGUUGGACUCUGUAGUCGAAGCGAUAGACAGAGGAGAGCAUGUUGAUGCCAGCUCACUUCCGCCCCCUCCUGGAGAUGUUGUAGUUGAGCAUUCUCCUCCAGCUCCUCAAUCUGCCUCCACCAAACCCACCCCUGCUGCUCCACCUGCUGCUGCUCCAGCACCUGACGCUCCCCUUCCUGCUCCCCGUAACCUGGCCGAGGCCCUGCAGCAGCGCAUGGAGAAAUACAAGAGUGCAGCCGAGAGCGCCAAAAGCAAAGGAGAUGACCGGAAAGCUCGCAUGCACCAGCGUAUUGCUAAGCAAUAUCAAGAUGCCAUUAAGGCACACAAAGCAGGACGACCUGUCAAUCUAGCAGAGCUACCAGUACCACCAGGUUGUCCUCCUCUACAGGGUGCCGAAAAUGCAGAGCAAAACUUCCUGGGUGUCCUGGAAACAGCCAUGAAACUGGCCAAUCAGGAUGCAGACGCAGGGGAUGAUGAUGACGAUGAUGGGCCACAAAAGGAAAUGGCAAAGCCAGCGGUGCGUCCUGCUGCUCAGAAAGCUCGAGCCGCCGCCCCCUCACAGUCUUCAUCCCCUGCAGUGACCCCCACGGCCUCCACAGACACCCCCAAAAUGGGGCCUAAAGCUCAGCAGCAGCUGGACUUCCUGCUCCGUCGUAGGCAGCAGUUUGUUAAAGCGGCCCUGCGCUCGAAGCAGAUGAAGGACGUUCAGGGAGCAGCGCAGCACUUUCGCAAUGCCAAGGGACUCGACCCCAUGAUCACUGCAGCCAAAGGAGGCCUUCCUGUUGAUAUCAGCAAGGUGCCCAGUGCCCCAGCGAAUGAGGAAGACUACGCUCUCCCUCAUGCUCGCUCUUCCCGCUCGUCCCAGCAGUACGCUCAGCUCAUGGAUCGCCUCAGGCAGCAGCAUGAGAAAUGUCUGAGCUACUCGCAGCAGUUCACUCAAAUGGGCAACAUGGCCGAGACCGUGAGAUUUGAGAAGCUGGCAGAGGAGUGUAUGAGUUAUAUUGAGCUGCUGAAGAAAGCUAAUGCUAAAGGCUAUCCAGUUCCAGGUCACCACACAGAGGAACGCACGGUCAACACCGUCAAGAUUUUCCCCAGUUUGACUGCCAGUGAGAUGGAGCUGUCAAUCGUAAAAGGAAUCAACCUCCCCACUCCAGGAUUUUCAGCCAGUGAUUUGGACGCUAGUGUGCGCUUUGAGUUCCCUUUCCCUAGUUCGGAAGAAGCUCAAAGAGACAAAACCAACACUGUUAAAAGCACCAACUGCCCAGAGUUCAGAGCGCAGUUUAAGUUGCACAUCAACCGAACACACCGAGGCUUUAAGAGAGUGGUGCAGACCAAAGGCAUCAAGUUCGAAGUCAUCCACAAAGGUGGCCUCUUCAAAAAUGAUAAGGUGGUGGGAAAUGCUCAGCUGAAACUUGAAGCACUGGAGAAUCAGUGUGAGAUCCGAGAGAUUAUAGAGGUGCUGGAUGGCAGGAAGGCGACAGGAGGGAAGCUGGAGGUGAGAGUGAGGAUUCGGGAGCCGCUGGGUGGAGUCCAGCUUCAGUCCGUCACGGAGAAAUGGAUCGUAGUGGAUCCACCGGCCAUCACCCCUGACAGAGAGAGAGUGAGAGACCGGGCACCUUCACCAAAAUCCAGACCCCGCAACGAUCACGGAAGGAGCGGCCAGUCAGGUCUCUCACCUCCUCAGUACAAACUCCACAGCUUCAGCCUCCUCAACUAUAACAAGGAAAGAAUAGAGGGAAAGAUUGGUGACUAUAAGAGAAAUAGACGGGAUCCACCACCAGACCUGCUGAACCAGCAUAAAGAGAUUUGCCACCACCUGUACUGGCAAAAAUCCUACUUGGAGAGAGGAUCUGCAGCGGUGUUAACAGAGUAUGAAGGUGUGCUAAAAAAGUUCGCUCAUGGUCUCGAAGAUUCAGUGCAGAAGUUUUCCAGUGAAGGCAACAGAGAAGCAGCUAAAGAUGCUCUCGGAAGGCUGAAGCUGGUGCGGGCUGAGAUGGAGUCUCUGAGGAAGAAGCGUGCUGCGUGAGCAUGUGCAGGAGGUGGAACUUCACUGUGCAUUGGAGAACUGUUCUCACACACAGGGGCAGUCAAUAACUCUCUCUCACACACACACACGUACUUCAUUUCCUUCUCUUCCUCACAAAUGCACCUUAAGCAUAUCACACACAUCUCUGUUUCUCAUCUCUGCUCUCUCACGCCUCUUAUCCAAACACUCCUGAUAUUUUAAUCCAGACUCGGAAUCACCUGAGAUUCACUGGACUACUUUACUACUCUGUAUGGAAGGCCAAUGAGGCCACGAGUAGUUAUUAUUUUGUUUCUUUUCUCUUCAGCUGAAGUGUAGCUGUGUAACCCUGUGUUUGUGUGGGAGAGGGACGUGAACAGUGAUAUCAUUAUAUAUUAACCUAGCUACAAUUAAAUGUAACUUUUUUUUUAAUCAACUUUAUGCAAAUUAGUUCUGAAGCACAUCCAAAUGAUUAGUAUUCCGAGAUAACCUACAAUUUCUUAUUGAAACAGCAGCAGUCCAGGCAACACGCGUGCACACACUUCUCACUUGCUAGUGAGCAAGAGGUCCCAGUCGCUAACUAUGGAAUCAAUUUUGUGCCAAAAUGUUCAUACAAUACUUUUGAAAUAUCAGACAAAACAACAA